AUGCCACCAGAAGAACGAAUGAAAGAUGAUGUUCGGCUACAGAAGUUGCCGCCAAUGAGAUACUUUUGGUGGGGACUACUAUCGACAAUAUUAGCAUCUUUGGCAUGGCUUAGACUUCUGUCCGUGCCACAAUUCACAACAACAACAACAUCAUCGUCAUCAUCCAUAGUGCUACCUCCUAGCGUACACGAUGACCACAAUAGUAACACGCUACAGUUGAAGCACAUUUUCCAUCAUGGCGUUGGUUCUGAGCAGUACAUGAUACACAAACGGUUAGACAUUACACCACAAUACCUAGCCAAGCAUCGAGCAUAUUUUACCUCGUUAAAUGAAAACUUACAGAUUGAGCUGAUUGAAGAAUCAGAUUGGCCCACAAUUCAUCAUGGGAAGAACCCUUUUCAGAUAAAGUUGCCAUUCAAGCAUCAACAAAAUAAGGCUCGCAGACUUAAAGAGAGAAACACGCCAGGGUUCAUUGACUCUUAUCUUGAAUACGCAAGGUCCGUUAAUGGUGAUGCUAAGAUCCUUGGUCGUAUAAAUUUGGAAUGGGUUGAUGAUGACGUGCUGAUUCCCAACAUCACCGAUCGAGAUACCGUUGUUUCCUUAGCCACAAUCGCCUCAAAUGCAUAUGUUCGAUUCCCCAAAAAUGACGACGAAAAGAAGAAAUCGGACUGGAUCGAUGUUGGAGGAUGGGAUCCUGAUGAGGACAACCACGAUGUCAACUUCGGUUGGGACUAUGAUGGGUUACGGGGACACGUUUUUGUUAGUGAUGAUAAUAAGACUGUGGUGAUUGGAAUUAAAGGAACCUCUGGUGCUGGUCUACCUGGAGGAGGCAGCGAUGAGACCCAAAGAAAUGACAAAACCAAUGACAAUUUGUUAUUUUCCUGUUGUUGUGCAAGAGUUGGAUAUUUGUGGACCACAGUAUGUGACUGCUAUGAAAAGACGUAUACAUGUAAUCAAGAGUGUUUGGAGAAGGAGUUGCGCAGGAAAGAUAGAUACUACGAAGCAGCAUUAGAUAUUUACAAAAACGUCACCAAGCUAUAUCCACCGGAGACGACUGAGAUUUGGGUUACUGGACAUUCGUUAGGAGGCGCAUUGGCAAGCUUGCUCGGUCGUACGUAUGGCUUACCUGCAGUGGCAGUUGAGGCUCCUGGUGAAAUGCUUGCGCUGAGACGAUUACACCUUCCAUCACCCCCAGGACUUCCCAAGCAUUUAGAGCACAUUUGGCACAUUGGAAACACUGCUGAUCCUAUUUACAUGGGAGUUUGCAAUGGAGCAUCAAGCAGCUGUAGCUUAGCUGGCUAUGCUAUGGAAACUGCAUGCCAUACUGGUUAUCAAUGUGUUUAUGAUGUUGUCACUGAUAAGGGAUGGCGGGUAAAUUUGUUGAAUCAUCGUAUCCACACAGUCAUUGAUGACAUCAUAUUGACUUACAAUGAAACAGCCAAAUGCGUGGAACAAGCACCAUGCAGAGAUUGCUUCAAUUGGAGAUUUGUGUAA